AUGAACAAAAUGAGGCGUGCCGUAUCAAAGAUACUCCCGACGCCUAAAUUAUUUAAUAAUGAAACAAGCAAUCCAUUUAGUAACUUUGGAUCUAAUUUUAGAAUUGAUUUUCAUGCAAUUGAUGAUUUUUAUGUUCAAUUAGAUAAACCUCAUCAAAUUUGGUUACCAGGUGAUGAAGUACCAGGACAAAUUGUCUUGAUUUCAAAGAAGAAUUUAGCUAAUAUUGUUAUUACAUUAUCAUUGAUUGGUUAUAUCAAAAUUAAUGCAUCAUCUCAUUCUAAAUUAAGACCAAUUAGACAUACAUUAUUUGAUCAUACAAUUACAAUUUAUGGAGAUGAUAAUAAUAAUACUGAUGAAUUUUCAAAUGGUCUUUUAAAAGGGGAACAUGUAUUCCCAUUCAUUGUUAAACUUCCAAACAAACGAAUAUUCACUUCUAUAGAUUUCGGAAAAGGAUCAAUUAAUUAUGUGCUUAAAGCGUCAAUUGGCAGUGCUUCCUCAUAUGCAUCUCAACCUAGUUCUCCAAUCAAUUCAUUAGCAUCACCCACGACAACACCAGCACAAUCUCCAAGUGAAACAUCAGACACUACUACUAGCUCAAUGUCACUGAUAAGUGUAGAUAGAAAUGUGGCGAAAAAGAAUUUCAAAAUUUUACAAAAUUCAACAUAUACUUCAGAAAAGUUAAUAAAUUUAGUCAAUCCAAUAGAUGUAUCAACAUUAUCUCGUCCCAAACCAAAGAGAUUAAUACUAAAAGACCCUCGAAGUACAGGAAAAAGAUUGUCUCGCACUCAAUCAUCAACUUCAACCAUCAAUACAGUUAAUACAUGCAGUACAUUCUCAUCCAAUAACUCAGAUCAAAUGUCAGUUACUGAUAGUCAGCAUCAACAGCAGCAUUCACCACAGCAACCACAACAACUACAACAUCAACAACAAGUGCAGCAAACAUUAACGCAACCCCAGCAUACAUUAAAUUCCAAUCCCAAUGGAUUCAUUGAUAGCCAUCAGCAUUCAAUUCAUUCGCAUCAUCCUCAAUCUAGCCAAGGACUGUCCUUAACAUUGACACGACCCCCUGCAAUAAAUGUCAUACUAGAGGUUCCACAAAGGGGUUAUUUACGAGGAGAAUUGAUACCGAUUAAACUUUCAAUUAACCACUUGAAGAAAAUCCAGGAUUUAAAUGGAAUAAUUAUAACCUUUGUCAGAGUAUGUCGAUUAGACAAUGGAGCAGAUGGGGUUGUCGAAUCAUUUAGAAAAGAUUUGCAGCAACUGGUAUUACCAUUGUAUGUUGACCCAGUGACAUUCCAAUCAGAAAUUAAUACAAACAUUAGAGUACCAGCUGACGCAUUCCCUACCAUUGUCGGAUGUCCGUUAGUUUCCUUCCAAUAUUUUAUAGAUGUUCUUAUAAACUUAUCAGGCAAAUCGGUUGGAUUAGAUUCUGACGCAGGCGACACCCAUCUGCCUGAUUCUGCUUCAGUGGCGACUGCUGUUGCUGCAAACAAGGUAAAUCCUAUUGCAGAGAACUUCAACGGUGGAACAACACCAGAACCAUAUAAAUUCAAUUUUAAUUUUCACAAUUCCAAUACAUUAACCUCAUUGCAUCAUCAAAAGGAACGUUCCGGAUUCAUAAAUACUGACAGAUUUAAAAGACUGAAGAAAUUUUUACAAUUGACUACCGAAAUUGUCAUUGGUACUCAUAGGCUGCCAGUAGAUGAGUCAAUAAAGUUACCUAGAGAACAGCUACUUCAAGGAGAAAAUUCAAGAAGAUCAUCAUCACUGAAUUCGAUAACAAGUCCUCCAGGACAAGGCGUUUUCCCCGGUUCUCCUGCUUCAACAUCUCAAGUUAUUUUAACAGAAGGAACCUCAGAUUCACCUAUUUCUGCACCAAAUCUUCCAAUUAAUCCACAUCCACAUCCCCCAAAUAUCCCUUCACAUCUUUCACAGGCAAGGACGCCCUAUAUCAACCCAAUUCCCGAAUCAGCAGAGAUAAAUAGUUUUCAAACUCCUCCCUACUUUGAAAGUAAUGAGAACAUUCUACCACCACCACCACCACCUACAGCCCCAAAUUACGACCAACCUACCAAUAGUAAUUUUAUAUCCAUGCUACAGAGUCAUUCAGAAUUGAGUGAAAAGGAUAGAAUGAGAGCUCAUGAAUCAGGAUUAUUACCUUCAGCUCCACCAAUAGACGAUGCUAGUAUAGCACAAGAUCAAAUACAAGGUAUAAAUCAAGAACAAAUUCCAAACAACCAGGGAAACAAUCCAGUCCACAUUCAAAGUGAUCAAUUGCUUGAAUCUGGAUCUCAGAAUUUACAAUCGUCAAAUCAAUUGAAUUUUUUUACAUAUGAUAGUACAAAUAUUACUCAAGAAAGAACAAUUGAUACUCAUAAUACAGGUGAUGAUUUAUAUCAAGUUCCUGGAGAGAAUGGCGAAUAUGUACCUAAUUAUAUGUCCUCAAAGGAUGAUAGAUUACUCGUUAGUGGAAGUAAUUGCGGUGGUGACCCUGUUAGUACUGGUACUAACAAUUCUAGAGAUGUAUCUGAAAGGUGA